UUAUCGCCAUCAGUAACUUCAGAAAAUGAUGGUUGGAUAGCAUAACUCAGAGGAAGCUUAUCAUGGUUAGGAGUAUGGGAAAUGUGAUUGACUGCUUUACUACUGUUCAUCUGUUUUGAAAUGGAAGUUUUUGGUUUGAAUUUAUGGGGUUUGGUGGUUAAGUUACUGGUUUUUUGCGUGUGUAAAGAACUGUUAUUACUGGGCAAGAUAGCUUGUUUGGGUUGAGAGAACACAAUAUGUUUAUGGUUUAAUUUUUCCGGAAUUUGCAUGUUGGAUAUUUGUGGGCUUAUGAUUGGUUGGGUUGAAAAUGAUGGGCCGGUGGAUUUAUGGUUAAGGGACGAUACAGGAUUGGACAGCCACUGAAUAGCAGCAUUAGGUUUUGGUAGUGGGGGGACAGCCUCAUUAAUUGUCAAUGAUUGGUUUGUCUGGUUGUCGCCAAAACUUCCUUCUGAAAACAAUACCGUGGCACUUGUUGACGCGGCUGGCAUUUUAAUGUUCAUAAUAGGAUGCUUGGGAAUAAUUUGACAAUGCAUUAAUGUCUCAUGAUUGUCACAGAUUCCACCAGUAAUAGUCAAAUCGUGGUGGGCCCCUACGGGUGAAAAGUCAGUUGCAGAUGCAUCUGUGCUGACGUGGUGAGCACGCGCCUCAUGUUCAUCAACGGAGCACUUUGGUGAAUCUCUACCCACACCUUCCUCCUUCAGCCAUUUUGAGCUUGCAGCAUUAGUGAACCUCCUAUUCUCCACCCUAAUAUCAUUAGACCAACCUCUCAAUCCAUUAUCAUCCUCCAUAGCGAAACGAAUUUCACACUUCUGUUCCGAAUGACCCAGUAAUCCACAUACAAAACAGAAAAGUCCCAGAUUCUCAUACUUAAAAUUAACCGUACACCACUCUCCGCCUUUAUUUUUAACUCUGGAAUUUUUCUUUAACGGCUGACGGACAUCCACUUUCACUCUCAAGCGCAUAUACUGCCUCCAUAAGCUAGAAUUAUUAUUUUUAUCAUACUCCACGAAUGAACCAAUAUAAUUAGCCAUAGCUUUGCCGACUUUCUCCAACAUAAGCCCUGCAGGAAGGUUAUGAAUCUGAACCCAGAAUUCAACAUGGAACAACGGGAUGUGUUCAAUUUGCAUUCCGAUCUGUACUCUAUCAAUGAUCAACAAAUGACUACCGAAAGUCCAGGGCCCUCCUUUCAGCGCAGCCUCCAUAUCUAGCUUAUGAGAAAAUUGAAACAGAAAUAAUCCUUCCAAAGCUUUCUUGAUAAUGACCCCCUUGACCGGACGCCACAUAUCCGCCACUCUCUUCUUCAUAGACAUAACAUGGAUUGGUUUAUCACACAAAAACCUUCCAACAAGACACAGUCGAAGAUCACCAACUUCUGUACAUUCAUCCUCCACAUCGAAACAAAACCCCCCUUCAUCAUCCUCCUCUUGCAGUGAUAUGUCGUUAAUAUUCGGAUUUGCCAUUCUGUGUAGUCAAAAGGUAGUACGGACCCAAAAAAACCAGGAAAAGAAAGAGAUCAAAGCUUCUCAGUGGGAGAAGAAAAGAAACAAACCCUAGCAGAACUAGGAAAAUGCCAUAAAAAAAAACUAUUGAUUGACAGCACUGAUGGCGAUAAUGGCGAUAAAUCUUUCUUAUGAGGGCUUACUUGAACUUCAAAAAAUUGCUCAAAAGUUUGAAGACAAAAUAUUUAUGUCUGCAACAAGUCAGUCUGAUUAUUUACGGAAAAUAUCUUUAAAGAUGCUAUCGAUGGAGACUAAAUCUCCCAACACCAUUACCAACAAUAUACUGUCUAAUGCCCUUAGGAAUCAAAACAACAUUGGGCUUAACUCCACUUACAAGACCAAUAUUCUCGCUGAGGUGCGAUCAAAUUCAUCUACGGUACCACUAGGACAUGAGAAAGAAUAUCCAUUGAUACCGCCUGACCGUUUUAAGCGGAAGAGGGUUUCUUUGGGGAACUCUUCAUAUUCUUCUGAAAGAACCGAGUCUGGAAUUCCCAAAGAUCCUACUACUAUAACGGUUAUUCACGACUAUAGUAACUUGUUUCUUCAGAGUGAAGUUUUGAAUUUUGCAGGACAAAUGGAGCCUUCUAAAGUUGUUUCACUUGGUUUGGAGAACAUCUUUGAUGCCGUGGUCAAUAAUGCAAUGUGGCUCAACUCUGUUGCUAACGAAGCUAAAGAUGUUUUUAAGAGUUGGCCUCAUGAGAAGAUGAAAUAUGAAGAAGACCUCCAACGUCUGACCGACGAAUUGGUGAAAAAGGAUGAAUUGAUUGCUCAACUAAAGGAAGAGAAUGUCAACUUGACAAAGAAGUCGGAGAGGGAAAAAUAUGAACUCUCAGCCCAACUAGAAUCUUCGAAGAAGGCUUGUGAAAAUGCCAAGACAUUGCUGAAAAAUGCCCAUAAAUCACUAGAGGAGGUUCAGAAGAUUUAAUCUUGAAAAAUCUUUUGGCAAGUUAAGUAAAAUAAAAACGGAAGCAGUUUGAUCUGGGUUUCAACUAAGCUCUUGACCAAGUUACUAAGUUACUAAGCAUAUACCUGAAAUUUGAGCUUCAAGAGUUUGAUUGACACAUUGUUAGGAGAAGAGAUAUGUGAGAAUAGCACUACGGAGACUGUUUUAUAUAGAAAAAAAUUUACCGUUUAUUACAGGUUAUAGUUAGAUGUGAGACUUAUAUACAAAUAUAAAUAUAUAUUAUAUUAACAAAUAUAUACAUAUUCUAUCAUUUUUACUGAAUUAAUUAGUUCAUAGAGACAACUUGUUUAACAAUCUGUUUGUUUACUGGCUAGUUAUCUAUGUCUCAAUUAGAUCCUCUAUAGUUGGACAUACAAUAAGCUAGUAUAGAACGAAUCCCUGUUAUAAAUGUAACUUCUAACUCAAUCAUUAUUAAUCAAUCGAGUCAAUACAUUACUUCAAUCCUUUUCACUCAUUAUAUUAAUCAUGAACAACAUUGCAUACCUCUUGCCCUUAUAUUUUUAACCCCCUAUUGUCCAUUAUGAAAAUUGUUUUUCAUCGU